GGAGUGCUAACAGAAUAGAUUGAAUCACCUGGUUUCGAAGCUGCUGUUCUAACGUUACUUCGUUACCUAUAGAGGUGAUUUGCUGUUUUCCGGUCAACGGUCCGCCGCUUCUCUCAUCACUGGCAACCAUCUUUUAUCAGAUCCUUGUCUGCUCCCAUUCUGUCAGUCUCCAUGACUGAUUGAAUGCAGUGAAACCGGCAUCAGUGGACGAGUGCACGCACAGGGGUCAAUCGAUUGGUCAAGGAUGACCAUGGGAGACAUGAAGAAUGAUGCAGCUGCUGCCUCGCUGGCUCCGAUGGCUCUCUACACCGUGAUGUUUCCUGUCUUUAAGGAGUUGGAGAAGAUCAAUUUAUCAGCAGCGCAGACCUUGAGAACCGCUUUUAUAAAGGCAGAGAAGGAGACCCCGGGCCUUACCCAGGACGUUGUUGUCAAAAUGUUGGAAAAGAAGAAGUUAAAAAUUAACUAUAACGAGGCUCUGCUUCGCAUGGCUGGAGAUGAUAUGCAGGAGUUGAUGAUUGACAGGAAAGAGCCAGAGUUCCAGGAGCUGAACGAGAGGGCCCGAGCUCUGAAACACAUCCUAAGCACCCUGCCUGAUGAGAUCAAUGACCGAAUGGGCUUGCUACGUACCAUCAAAGAUGUUGCCAGUGCCAUCAAGGAGCUGCUAAACACAGUUAAUACUGUCUUAAGGAAAUACCAACAUCAGAACAGACGGGUAGUGGAACAGCAGAAGAAAGAGUUUGUGAAAUACUCCAAGAGCUUCAGUGACACUCUCAAAACCUACUUCAAAGAUGGAAAAGCGGUAAAUGUGUUUGUCAGCGCCAACCAGCUCACCCACCAAACCAACAUGAUAAUGCGGGCCUUCAAGACUGGCGGCCCAGCGGCGGUGGCCAGAGAAGACGCGAACAACAGACGUGCGCAGACGAAGGAGAAGCGUUUUCAUUAGAAGACAGGCGAAACGAGGCUUUUUAAUUUGUCAAGGUGUUUUAUUAUAUUUUGGGGGGCUGUAUAAUUUAUAAUUCUGUGGCUCUGAGGGGAGAUCAGGUAGUUUCGAGUUUCAAAGCAAGUCAGGCUGACAGUAAUUGCUGGGGAUUUUUUUUACUCUCUUUAAUGUUGUUCUUUUAUCAGAUCCUUAAGUCAAUAUUUUCUACGUUCCCCUCUGCAUUUUCCACUCUGUUCAGAUCAUGUUGGUGUUUCCCUUGUCCUUAAAAGUUUGGCAAUUGCAUACAAGUCCUUAAAAGUUAUCAUUUUGGCAAUUACUAAUAUUCAGCCAAUAUGGUUUGCAGUCAUUUGUAAUUUGAUUGAUUUGCCAAAUGUUUUUAAAGACCAAGAUGCCAUCCUUAAAUGUUUUGUUUUUGUUUUUUUUGUUGUUUUGGUCUGACUAAAAGCCCACUGAUUUACUGGAGAUGUAAAAAAAAAAAAUAAAAAA